AGGACGAACAGUCACCAUGGUUGUUAAGACCGAGCUUUGCAGUUAUACGGAGUUCCGUGUCUACCCUGGACACGGCCAGCGCUUCAUCGCUAAGGACGGGAAGGCCCAUUUCUUCUUCAACUCGAAGGCCGCCUCCCUUUUCCAGCAGCGCAUCAAGCCCGUCAAGUUGACUUGGACUGAGAAGUGGCGUCGUCUCAACAAGAAGGUUAGGACCACUGAGGUCGCCCGCAAGAAGACUCGUCGCACUGUGAAGGUCCAGAAGGCCAUCAUGGGUCUCUCUCUGGAGGACUUCCAGAAGAAGAAGUCUGAGCGCACUCAGCUCCGCAAGGAGGCUGAUGCCAAGAGGGCUGCCGAGCUCAAGGAGAAGGAGAAGGCCAAGGCUGCUCGCGCUGCUGCUAGCAAGACUGCUAAGCAUCAGGAGAAGCCUGUCGCCGCUAAGAUGCCCAAGCAGAAGCAGUCUCGCACUGGCAAGAGGUUCUAAGGAGGAACACUGGAGUUCAGUACGGUCUACUACAACAAUAACAACCACAGCUGUCUCCUUGCUU